UUCGAACAAGUCCUGACAAGAUUCUUGCUCUUUAAUACGCUUCGAAACUCGAGACGACAUCUAAUGCGUAUUUAGAGCAUAUUUUAGCUCAUCAAAAAUAUGGGCUAACAAAUUGCCCCCAAAAAAUGUCUGCUUCGAUUCGAGAUCGAAGGAAGAUGAGAAGUUGACAUUUUUUUUUCUCUUCUUCUACCAGUUUUCCUGAAACGGCGUCAUGAUCGCACGUUCACUGUGUAACCGUUGCCUCGAUCUCCCACUACCCAUCAUUAAUUCCACUUUUCUAGGCAAAGUGGGACACGUGUCAUGCUGGGGAAUCGGAAGGGAAAUCUGAUGUGAUUGAUUUUUGACCAUUGAUUAUUAUAUUGUUUUUUCCCCUUUUAAAAAUGAAACUCCAUAAAUAGCGCCAGAAAACUCCAGAAAACCCUUCAGCUUCUCUGCUUCCAAAACCCUUCUUCUUCUUGUUGUAUCUCCGGCGAAACCUUUUCAUUUUCAGACAUCAACUUACUACUCCUUUCAUCAUCAACCUCACCGUGUCUCUGAGCUUUGCCAUUGUUCUCCGUGAGUCCAAGCUUUUACUCACUGAUUCCAUCAGUUACCAAACCCUUCGUAAGAAUCAUCCUCUUUCAAAUUUCUUACGAUGUCGCAAGAACAAUCAGUUCCGUUUGCUGGGAAGUGGCACCACUUUACAGUCAGGACUGAUGGAGAAAAGGUGGUUCCAGAACCACAUGGUGACGCCGAACAAACAGAAGCCUGGGAAUCAGAGGUGAUGAUCCCUUUCGCAGUGGAAAGAACAGUUUACGCUUUCGGUGGACCCCUGCCAGACCAAGAAUCACUUUCGAGUGCAAUGAACAAGGUAUUUCCCUGCUACCCAACUUGCGAACCUAGGAUUUUUGAUAGUGAGCCUUACAACUUUAAUUGUUUAAGCAAACCCCACAAACUCUUUCGAUCCGCCCCGUCAAUAGCCCAUAGGGAUUACCUACCUUGGCUUGAUCGAGUCGAACAAGCGUAUGAGGAUUUCUGGAAGACAUAUGGCAUCUUUGAUUUGAUACAAUUCUCUCGAUCUGGUCCUGAAUAUCGACCAGAAAUGCUGAUAGCAGCUAUGCACUUUUUCGAGUCUUCUACCAACACCUUUCAAUUUAAAUGUGGUAUGAUGACCCCCACUCUCUUAGAUGUAGCCGCCCUCACAGGCCUUAGGCCUAGCGGAGAAACUUAUGACCCCACUAAUUCUAGUGACAAUAUCAAGCUAGUAUAUAAGGAGAAUACCUUUUCCAAAUAUAUAGCUGAACACAAAGGACCCGUCGAAGAGGAGGUUUCUGAUGAAGAGCACGUAGCCUUCUUAACCCUGUGGCUAUCUCACUAUGUUUUUUGCACGAAAUCCUUGCAAGUAGCCAAAAGAUUUAUUCCAAUGGCAUUACAAAUUCAUGAAGGUCAGAACUUUGGAUUUGGACGCCUCUUGUUAGCAGUGCUAUACGAAUCGCUUGGUGAGGCAUGCGAUGAUCUGAAGAAGUCGAAGGAUGGGUCUUCCUUCUUAGUAUCUGGGCCUAUGUGGCUUCUCCAGUUGUGGCUUAAUGCCACCUUCGAACAAGAAAUGGGAUUAAUAAUCCCACAAGAUUAUGCUGAAGAAGUUGCAAAUCGCUCGAUCGAAGGCCAGAGAGCACUUCGAUUAACCCCCAAGACCUUAAUUCAAAACUCACAAAAGCUGUUCCUAAAGUACAUGAGGAUUUUUCUGAGCUUUGACAAGUUUCUUCCCCAACAUGCUCCAUUCAUUAGUCGAGAGGUUGGCCCGGCCUGGUUCACUGACUAUUUUCCUGCUGUCGAUCCGGACAAUGAAGAAGAAGUGAACGAAAUAUGGUCAUUUUACUUGAAUCCACAGAUCCUGUCUUGUCGUACAGGUGUUCAAUCGAACUAUUUAGGCCUGGUUGGAUACCAGCCUAAUUUGGUUUCAAGACAAUUUGGCCUCUCGCAAAUCCGUCCUAAAAGCUUGUUCGAAGAUCCUCGAGACGUCAUAAGAGGGGCCAAUCUUUCGGAAAAGACUUUCAAGAAGUUUUUGAAGAUUUCUCUUGAUGAAAACUAUAACCUGCAUCCUUUUGAGUUCAACCAUUCCCACUUCUGCACCAUGGGGUUUGUUACCUGGUGGGAGAAAUAUUAUUCGACCCGUUCAGUUGGAGACACUACUAUCAUGAUCUCCAGACUUGAGAGUGGUUUUAUACAACCAACGGUCGAGAAUAUCCGCUCAAACCUUCAGGCUCGAGGCAAAACAAUCAUGACGAAGAAAAGUGCUGAAACGUCUCGAGCUGAUGUGAGACCCAAGAAACCCACCGGGGUGAAGAUCCAAGAAGGGAAACAAGAAGAGAAGGUAACUCUUCUGAACUUAUCUUUUACUCUUAACGUCUUGCCUCAUAUUUCUUUAUUUUUUCAGAGUCAAAAGAAAGAUGAUAGCAUUGAUACUACCACGACUUCAAAACGCUCGAAGCAUGCGGUCGUCGAAUUAGACGAAGAGUAAGAUGCAAGUUUUAUUUCUAAUGUCAAUAUUAUAGCUUUCUUUCAAGUCUAUAUUCUGACAAUUCUUUACCCUCG